AUGGAUCCUCAUGAUGUUGAAGUUAGAUUCCGUUGUUUAGUUUCGACACGAGAAACAAUUAGUACUUGUUUUGAUCCCUAUAAUCAGAGUCUCAUUGAUCAUCCUAGCAAUGAUCAAUAUUUCAGUUCACAGAACCAUGCAGCAACCAAGAUCUUGGAUUUCGCAAGAAACAUGACUGGUAAUACACACAGGGACAAAAAGUACUUGUGCUUGAGAGUGGAUCUUCAUGUUGCCUGUAUCAUGAGCUGGUAUGAUCAUGUUUUGUUCGUUCCUGCGAGUAAAUCGUCCAUUGAAUGUUUGGAGAAAGUGAGGAUUGAUGAAGAGAUCAAUGAAAGGUUGAGUAAUAAUAAUUGCUUGAUUUGCUUAGAAGGUUUUGAAGUUGAUGAAGAAGCUGUUCGUAUAGCUUGUUCGCAUUUGUUUCACAGAAUUUGUAUUGUUAAUUGGUUGCAGCGAAAGCAUGUUUGUCCUUUGUGUCGUUUUCAAUUGCCUAUAAAUGAUGAUUAA